UCCAUCUUUCAAUGGGGUGAAUAUAACUGAUUUCCAAAUAUUUUUCAUGUCACAUUUGUAUUGAAAUUAUUCAGUUCUUGUACCAAGCUUACUCUGUUAUGUCUUCCUGUUGGAAAAAAAUCUGGACAAAUAUUUGGACACAUGAGCCAGCAUACAUUUUGCUAUGUAAAGGAGCCAGUGUUUUCUUCCAGUAUGAUUCCAGUCCUGAAUUUUAAUGUAGACUUCAGCAGUGAAUACAGAGUCUGAAUUGCUUUCUUUGAAUGAUUCUACUUGCAGCAGUAGUAGAUGAAACCCUUCUUGCUGACCACAGUUGCAAAAAAAAACCUCCCAGCAGAAGCAUCCCUGAAGAGAAACAUUCAUCGCGGCUUCCUGUGACCACACUCACCUAUAAGGAUUUCCUGACUGUCACAGCAUGGACAAUCUUUUCACCACUUCCUUCCCUGUUUCAUGCCAGAACUCUAGAGACUGUCCUGACAACCAAACUGUAAACUCAACGUCACCAGCUCUGCUUAACCCUCCAGCAUUUGGGAUGUCCUACUUCACCAUGACCCUUGGUGCACUGUCUAACCUAACCGCACUAGCAAUCCUAGCCCAUUCCUAUGCCCGCUUACGCCGACGAGCCAAAGCACCAUUUCUACUGCUGGCUUCAGCUCUGCUUGUAAGCGACCUGGCUGGUCAUGUGAUCACAGGGGCUUUGGCGCUUCACCUCCAUCUUGGGAGGGUGAAACAUCACAGGGUGGCAUUAAUAGUGGAGCCCCCACAGGUUUACUGCAAAUUAUUUGGCGGUUGCAUGGUGUUUUUUGGCCUUUGCCCUCUGCUGCUUGGCAGUGCGAUGGCGGUGGAGCGCUGCAUAGGCAUAACACAACCUCUCCUGCACCCAACGAUCGUCACCAUGACACGCGUCCGCCUCACCGUGCUGCUGAUCACCUUCACAGCCCUCAUUUUGGCAGGACUCCCUCUGCUAAACGUAGGCAAUUACAAACCACAGUUCCCUGGCACUUGGUGUUUCUUACCUGUUAACAGUCUGCUCUCCAUCACUGAUGCCAACCUCGCUCUGGCUUUUUCCACACUGGGGCUUGUAACAUUGACCGUCUCAGUUGUGUCCAAUACUACAAGUGGGCUGAAGUUGCUCCAGGCAAGGUUUAAGGACCGAUGUGUUAAGUCAGGCAUCGCUCGGAGACAUGGAUCCUUCUCAUCUUCGUCUCUGCACUCCCUGGAUGUGGAGAUGAUGACGCAGUUGGCCGCGAUAACAGUGGUCUCCUGUGUCUGUUGGAGUCCUUUUCUUAUUUACAUCCUCAUAUCCGUUAGCAGGUUUUAUGAAGGAAUCAGAAGGCCGAGGCGUCAGUGUGAGAAGCUGCUUCUCUUGGCUCUGCGCUUGGCGAGCUGGAACCAGAUUCUGGACCCGUGGGUUUACAUCCUCCUCCGGAGGGCAGUUCUGCGCAGACUGCUUCAGCUUCUGCAGCCGGACAGACUCGUGUUCACACACAGCGGCUCCUACCGAGACUCGCACAGAAAGCAAAUUGGUUUACACUGAUUACA